GACUGACAGAUGGAAUAACUUGUUGGUAGUUAGUGGCGUUUAUUCAGACUGUUAAAUAAUUAAGGAGAUGCUAAAGUCAUUUCCUGUAUUUACCUUUCCCAAAUCGGUUACAUAGCGGGAGAGAGAAUGGUCGGUUUCAUUAUUUCAUCGAGUGUAUGUGUAGAGAGAGGAGAGAGAGAUUGUCGGUUUGAGUUGAGCUUUAAAGCUCCUCUCUGUGUCAUCAAUGGGGAACCACAACGGUUGUUUCUCGAGGAGACAUCACAAGAACCGUCACGGCUCUAACUCCUCUCCUCGUCCUGGGAAAUCGGAAGUUCCGCCCUAUAAAUCGGGAACCUCAGAUCAUGGGUUUCCUCCUCAGAUCACGGACUCAUCGUCGUCUAUGUCGUCGUUGUCUUUGCCUUACGCGCGCGUCGAUUCCUCCUUACGAGCUCUCGCCGGCCAAGCCGAGGGUUUCGGCCGCCUUGCUAUCGGUGGCCUCCAAGGUCCCCUUUAUCAUGUCACCACUUUAGCAGAUGAUGGGCCAGGAUCACUCCGUGAAGGCUGUCGCAAGAAAGAACCUCUAUGGAUUGUCUUUGAAGUUUCAGGAACUAUUGGUCUGUCAUCUUAUCUGAACGUGUCAUCUUAUAAGACCAUUGAUGGACGAGGACAAAGGAUGAAACUCACAGGGAAGGGUUUGAGGUUGAAGGAAUGUGAACAUGUAAUUAUAUGCAAUCUAGAGUUUGAAGGUGGUAGAGGACCUGAUGUUGAUGGCAUUCAGAUAAAACCCAAGUCAAAGCACAUAUGGAUAGACCGUUGCAGCCUCUCUGAUUAUGAUGAUGGACUGAUAGAUAUCACCCGAGAGAGCACAGAUAUUACAAUUUCUAGAUGUCACUUUUCAAAGCAUGACAAGACAAUGCUCAUUGGAGCAGACCCGUCUCACACUGGUGACAGAUGUAUUCGAGUGACCAUUCACCAUUGUUUUUUUGAUGGUACCCGACAGCGGCAUCCUCGUGUCAGGUUUGGGAAAGUACAUUUAUAUAAUAAUUACACCAGAAACUGGGGCAUUUAUGCUGUAUGUGCCAGUGUAGAAUCACAGAUAUAUUCACAAUGCAAUAUAUAUGAAGCAGGACAGAAGAAGGUGGCUUUCAAAUAUCUAACAGAGAAGGCUACUGACAAAGAAGAAGCAAGUACUGGCUGCAUAAAGUCCGAGGGGGACGUGUUUUUAUAUGGAACUCAAGGCAGUUUAUUGACCACGGCAACUGCAGAUAAUAUAUUUCAUCCUAGUGAAUACUACCCCACAUGGACUGUCGAAGCUCCAACGGAUGCUCUGAAAAAAGUUCUCCAACAGUGUACAGGAUGGCAGAGUGUCCCACGGCCAGCAGAUUAUACCAAGUAACACCAAGAUUUGAAAUAUUUAUACAUGAAUUUAGGGUUGUGCAUUUUGUGAUGUUCUUCCAUAAUUUUGGAAUGGUUAGCUGUCAGAUCUGAUAACUAGUUAUCAGAUUUGUGUGGAUUACUUUGAAUAUUAGUUAUGGCCUAAUUGUAUUGUAAGACAUGGAUGAAGGAUAAUAAUGAUGAAGCUACCACUUGGAGUUAUUGAUCUGUAA